AUGGAAGUGACUUGUACCCAGCUGCUGAUUGUAAGAAGGAAAUCUUCAGAUCUAACUGAGUGUACCUCUGUUAUGUUUGUGUAUGGGACCCUGACAUCUGCAAGGUAUAGGAAGCAGCCUCUAUCUAUCCCCAGUAAGCAUUUGCACGUAAUGACCCCAAAUCCUUAUGUUUUGAACUUCUGGAGCUCUAUUCUGGCUCUUCUCGCACAUGAUAAUGGCAAUAAUAUUUUGGUGGGUUGGACACUCAUGCAAACAGUCACACAGUCACACACACACUUUACUAUUAACUAUUUCAGAGAAGUUCCCAGCACUAAAAAUGCCCUCCACCCUGCACCAUAA